UGAUCUGUGGGAGAGAGGCGUGCUGCAGCUGUGUGGGAUCUGUUUGCUGUGGAGAGAGAGAGCUAGAGAGACGGGAAGGAGAAAGAGAGCGAAUGAGAGGAGGAUCUCUCAUAAACGCUAGGAUCAGAGGACGCCGCUUUUUUGUUUCUUGUGUGGACUAAAAUAAAACUGUCUUUAUUCAGGUCCUCGGAGAGCUUUGUAGCACCAUGUCAUUAGCGUUUGAAGUGCGUUUGGUGGAAUGAGAGGGCAGUUUGUGAGCAGAUGAUGGACGUUGAGACGUCAUAUACAGAGUUCAUAAACUGUGAUCGUACAGGUCGCAGGAACGCAGUGCCAGACAUUCAAGGAGAGGCAGUAGUGAAGGCCACCAGUGAACUAACCAAAGACCUGGCUCAGAUGGACCUGAAAGCUGCAGAGGGAGAUGCUUCCGGAUCUCCAGCCCCUGAAGCAGAGGCAUCUGGGAGCCAGGAUACACAGGGGACAGAGGGACCGUCAUAAAGAUCAAGAAUGACCUGGAGGAGAGAGGAAAGCUGGGGAGUUCUCUCCUUUUCUCAUUAAAAUUCUCCUCAUCUUUGCUCACCAGGCAGCAGUGAAGAGCCUCUUUCAUAGACUGCCAUUAAGGUGGACGUCCACCCAUUGCAUGCUGUCGAGUGCCUAAAAGACAGAUGGAGAAGACACUGCCUUUGCAAACACCACUAAAUGGGACGAAUCUGUCGAGGACUGUAUUCAUUCACAGCACUGAGUGAGGGAAAAGAUAGUUUUUUGUAACAGAGGUCGAACAGAAGCACAGGCGUUUUGAUAUUUUUCCAACCUAAACUUAAACUAAGCAGUUUAAUCCUGUUGAGUUACUGGUUAAACAAAUACUCAGAGCUACUGUAAACUAUAAAUUACCAAAUAUAGCCUUUUUGUUAAAGCUUAUGACAAGGAUGGCUCAGUUAAACAAUUAUUAUUAUUCUUUUUUUUUUAAACAAUGACCACUACAGUUGAAGGAUGUCUGAUUAUACAACAUAAUUCCCAGAUAUUACCUGAGGUCAGAAACUUCAUUAUAUAAUAUUACACAAAUGUAACAUAAUUAACAAUGUUUGUGUAGUAUCUGAGUUACUGUUUUCUGUGUUUUGUCAGAUUCUCAGAAACACUCGUUGAAACACUGCAUUUAUAUCGUGACCUAUAAAUAGAAGUACCUCGAAAUAAACCGGAAUGACAUGAUUGCUUUCAGUGUCUUAUUUGUGUAUUUAUUUUUAAGUUGGGUGUUGAUGUAUUUAAAUGAAAAGUCUAUUUGCAUUGUCUUUCCAUUUCUCAAAUUUAGGAAAAUUAUGAUACAAGUAAGGGAUAAAUAGCCAACCAUAAGGAACCACACAAGCAUUCAGAUGCAAAUUUAUUUGUAUUGAUCGUUUAUACAGUGACAAAUCUCUCAGACCCUUCCUUCCCACAUUUAUAGUCCGUAUGUUUUCCUAUGCAGUUCACAUUAUACACAAAACGUAAAAUCUGACAAUUAUUUUUCACUAGGCUGAUAAACUCCAAACCUGAGUUACUUGAAUAGUCUUUUGGUAAGUGCCCUCUGGUGUUAGAACAAAGGAAAGAAAAUUAAAAGGGGUUUUGCACAACAUUUCAUCAUAAAACAUCUAAUAACUUUAAUAUCAAUAGGUUUGUAUAUUGCAUAUAAAAUAUACAUUAGAUAAAAACCAUACAUAAGAUCAUAUUCUGGUUUAAUGUUUUGGAUUUAUACAUUAUUUCCAUUGUAAAAUUGUAGAAUACAGCUGAGGUACUAUUUAAUUUCUUUCUCAUAGCACCAUUCACGUUACACAGCUUAACAUCCUUCAUACGAAGACUUGACAUUAUGGUCAUAUUCUGUGCAUAUACUGAGAAUAGCAUAACGUAUAGUGGCUUGAGUAAAUAUGAAAUAAGACCAAUAUUUAAUGUUACAUGAUUAUUACAAUAUUUGUAAUAAAAAUGAUGUAGAUGAAAGGCAACAUCGUUUGGUCAAAACCAGUAUGCUGUAACGGCGG